AUGGACGGAUUUGAUGCUCGCUCUGAAGAGCUCGAGACAAUAGAAGCCAUCUAUCUGGAUUUGGCAGUCAUCGAUGCUGUGGCCUUCUCAGGGAAAGUGAGUAUUCCUAUAGAUCUUGAGAAUCCUGUGCCAGUGAUUCUUUCGUCGGAAACCCAUGUAGAGGAUAGCUGCGUAACUUCUCUCCCGCCUUUGCAGUUUAGCUUCCAACUCCCGGAGCUAUAUCCCUACAAAGAGCCCCCCGAAAUCAGAAUCUCCUCAUCCGCUUUCCCACCGGAAACACUCGGGGGCUUCUGCUCAGAAAUGCUAGGGAUCUGGCGAAAUACAAAAGACCAGGUUUUAUUUGCGAUGGUGGAUUUCCUCCAACAAAAAGCACUGGAACAUUCCAAGACACUUGUGGGGAACUAUAUAAGUUGUAAAGGUAGUCGGGACUAUUACGACGAGAUUCUAGCGUAUGACCGGGAAAAGAGCCAGCUAGCAUUCAAUGCGUCGACGUUCACAUGCGAGAUCUGCCAGCGAGGCUUGAAGGGAGAAAAGUGCGUGCAGUUUCCAGGGUGUGGGCAUGUAUUCUGCCGGGCCUGUGUCCGAAGUUUUUUCGAGUCUUUGAUUGAAGCAGGCGAGGUCGAAAAAGUACACUGUCCGGAAUUUGAAUGUGGGAGACUAGCGCUUCUAGAGCGAGAAAAGCAACUCCGCCUAGACUUCGCCACACAACCAAACUUCGAUUUUGAAAACUUUAAGCGUAAAAUCAUGGACCCUCCAAUUGAGGCACAUGUGCUCCAGCGCAUAUUGGGCCAAACUGCAGCUGGAAAAGCGCUUUUUGAAAAAUACACCACAAUUCACGCGGCCCACCAGCAUGCUUUAAUUGCCAAAUUAUUUCCCAUGCGGCUAGUUGCAUGUCCCCGCAGCCACUGUCCUGCAAUGAUCUUUAGAGAAAACACCCAGGACCGGCUUGUUGUGUGCCGAAAAUGCGAGUAUGCUUUUUGCAAUACAUGCCGCAAAUCUUUUCACAGUAGCAGCAUCGACUGUUCCCGAAAAAAAGAUGAGAGGUUGUAUCAUGGCAUAGCGAUUGAAGAUAUCGAAGUCUGGAUUGCCGAUGGAAAGUCUUCGCCUGCGGGGAACGAACUCAGGUGCAAAUACGGACAUGAACUUCUCAAAAAAGUGGCUGAUGAAUACACCAUGGACAAGCUAUUCAAUGAAAUGUUACAAACAGAACUGCACGAUUUCAGCACCUGUCCUACUUGUGACAUAGUCGUCCAGAGGCUGGAGGGCUGUAACAAGAUGAGGUGCUCACACUGUUAUACGUUUUUCUGUCAUUUGUGCAGUGCUUAUUUGGACCAGGAUCAUCCAUACGAUCACUUCAAAGACAAAAGUAGUUCAUGCUAUAACCGUUUGUUUCAGGGGAUGCCAGGCACAGAGGACUUGGAUUAG